GAUGAUUUUCCUCUGUCUCUUUUUCUCCAGGUGAGACGUUCUCUGAGACAUUCAGUGACACAGAGAAGUGUCAGACGUGUAUAGAGUGCACGGGUCUCAUGCGCAUGCAGACCCCCUGCACCGACUCGAACGACGCUGUGUGCGUGUGCAACUACGGCUACUUCAUGAGCGACCUGACGCACCAGUGCGCGCCGUGCACCGUGUGUCCACGCGGUCAUGGUGUGAUGAUACGCUGCGAGCACACCCACGACACGGUCUGUGAGGAGUGUCUGGACGACACCUACUCUGAUCAGGAGAGCACGCUGGACCCCUGCCUGCCCUGCACCAUCUGCGAGGAGGGAAUAGAGAUUCUCAUGAGGAACUGCACACCCUAUGAAGAUGCAUGGUGUCAUGAUCCGUUGAGUCCUACCUAUCCCGCUUCCACUAGUGAUUCCAGUUCGUUCGUCACUGAUCCGAACCGUUUGUGGAGCCCCAACCCCGGAGGGGACGCCACCACACCCAAACCCAGCCCCCCUCAUUUCAUUGGGAGAGGGCUAAACGAGAACCUGAUUCCCAUCUACUGCCCCAUCCUUGCAGCGGUCGUAGUCGGCCUCCUGGCUUACGUCAUCUUCAAGAGGUGGAACAGCUGCAAGCAGAAUAAACAGGCAGCUAAUAAUCGCGCAGCCACAGCCAAUCAGACACCAUCUCCAGAGGGAGAGAAGCUGCACAGUGACAGCGGCAUCUCAGUGGACAGCCAGAGUCUGCAGGAGCAGCAAGCGCAGACACAGACGCAGGCGCAGGCGCAGGCCCACACACAGCUGCAUGUAGCAGAGCAGAUCGUGGUGAGAGUGGAUGGAGGGGCUCAGCCUGACUCCCCCCCACCUCAGGCCUAACCAGUGAGGAGGAGGACGCUAUGUUAUCAAUAUAACAAUAAAGAGGGGAUGAGAGGUUGGAGUGAAGGAAACAAGGAAGCAGAAAGAGGAGAAUGGAGGAGCGAAGCCAUGAUGGCCAUCCAGCAAGGGACACAGAGACAAGACCUUUGAUCCUUUUGAACCCAGCAAGGACUAUUCAUUGAUGAGCUGGUUCAACAGCACCAAUGGAUCCACAUCAGCGAUCAGACUCACUGGCUUAAAAUAGCUACUUCUAAAUAAACAUAAGCCUAUUACCCUGAAGAAAGUUCACCAUAAUGUAUACUGAAACCCACCACAAACUCUGAUGAAUGUUUAACAUAUACUGGGUUUCUCAGAUGUAUAAAUGCACCCUUGUGACACAGACUCUGGAUGUCCCGGGCUUCACAAGAGGACGCAAAGAGACGCUAACACAGGCUUCACGGAUAUCGCGCAACUUAGCAGCUGCACCAUGAUUCCUCCACCUGGAGCCUUCUGCCUGAUUUAAUAAGGAUUUCGUUUUUUGCCUUAUCUUUGAAGUAUUAAUAGAUUUUGUCUAUAACAUCAAGGCCCUUUAUUUAAUCAGAAUUGUACACAUUUUCAUGUGUGUGUUAAAACUUUGGGGGGUUGUAUGCAGUUAGUGCAGAACUACCAGUCGCCGUCUAGUUUCAAAGCAGCUGAUCGCAGGUCAGUGUUUAUGGGCAACAACUCACGACUGUGACAUUUGCUGACCUUUAAUAAUGUAAUGACUCAGAUCUAUACUUAGCUUGCCUUCCUUUUUCUCUCUUUCACAACCUUUUCUCUAUAAAACACACACAUAGUGUAUCAUAUUCCCUGCCUUCCUCUAGUUACUGCAGUUUAGGUUUCAUUGCUUAGAUCUUCUCGCCUUACCUCUUCAGAAAUCUGAGUCACAGUGCAAAGAGAAACCAGAACUAAAGAGCUACACAAAUAUUUUCAUGCCAUCAUGCACUCCUAGAAGUAAUCACCAUGUUUAUGUCCUACCAUUAAUUCAGGUUUGAUUUGGAUUCAACUUAGCAGCACAUGUUCGUUAAUGAUUCCUGUAAUGAUUCUUUUAGUACUUUUGAGGAAACCUUAUCGGCCACCUUAAU